CGGUGUGCUCAGACUUGCUUUAGUCCGGAGGAGUGAGGGCAGCACACUGUGUGAGAAGUCCGGCUUCCACACGGCGCAGGAUUCAUUAAUUUUAUUCUAUCAGUUUAUAAAAGGACUGCGUCUGUUUACCUGCCUGCCCGAGUUCAACACUGAGUCUCGACACUCACAUAAACCGGUCUAAUUAAAUAGAAGCGGUUUCCUGAAGUUGUUGGAGAGAAAUGGCGACAGACUCGUGGGCGCUGGCGGUGGAUGAGCAAGAAGCGGCGGCGGAGUCGAUAAGCAACCUUCAGUUAAAUGAGAAAGAAGACAAACCAAAGGAAAAACCAGAGGAAAAUGGAGCUAAGACAGCAGCUGGAGAGAAGACUGAGAAAACUGAGAAGACGGAGAAAACCGAGGAAGACGAUAGUGAGGACAAAGCAGCCCAGUCACUGCUAAACAAGUUAAUCAGAAGUAAUCUAGUGAACACAACCAAUCAAGUGGAAGUUCUUCAGAGAGAUCCGAACUCGCCGCUGUACUCAGUCAAGUCAUUUGAGGAGCUGAGAUUGAAACCUCCACUUCUUCAAGGUGUUUAUGCAAUGGGCUUCAACAGACCAUCCAAAAUUCAGGAGAAUGCUCUCCCUAUGAUGCUUGCAGAACCCCCACAGAACCUCAUCGCUCAGUCUCAGUCAGGAACGGGUAAAACUGCAGCCUUUGUCCUGGCGAUGCUCAGUCACGUGGAUCCCAACAACAAAUGGCCUCAGUGUCUGUGUGUCUCUCCUACAUACGAGCUUGCCCUCCAGACUGGCAAGGUCAUCGAGCAGAUGGGCAAAUUUUACCCUGAAGUCAAAUUAGUUUAUGCAAUCAGAGGAAACAAAUUGGAAAGGGGGAUGAAGCUUCAGGAGCAGAUUGUGAUUGGCACCCCUGGAACAGUCCUGGACUGGUGCCAGAAGCUCAGGUUUAUCGACCCCAAGAAAAUCAAUGUGUUUGUGUUGGAUGAGGCUGACGUGAUGAUUGCCACACAGGGUCACCAAGACCAAAGCAUCCGCAUCCAGAGGAUGUUGCCCAAAACUUGCCAGAUGCUCCUGUUUUCAGCCACAUUUGAGGAAUCUGUAUGGAACUUUGCGAAGCGCAUCGUCCCUGACCCCAACAUCAUCAAGCUGAAACGUGAAGAGGAGACACUGGACACCAUCAAGCAGUACUAUGUAGUCUGUAACAGCAAGGAGGAGAAGUUCCAGGCUCUCUGUAACAUCUAUGGGGCCAUUACCAUCGCACAGGCCAUGAUCUUCUGCCAUACGAGAAGAACAGCAGGAUGGCUUGCAGGGGAGCUGUCUAAGGAGGGCCAUCAGGUGGCGCUGCUCAGUGGAGAGAUGCAGGUGGAGCAGAGAGCUGCUGUAAUUGAGCGUUUCCGAGGUGGCAAAGAGAAGGUGCUGGUUACCACAAACGUCUGUGCCAGAGGUAUUGACGUGGAACAAGUUUCUGUGGUCAUCAAUUUCGAUUUGCCGGUGGACAAAGACGGAAACCCAGACAACGAGACAUAUCUGCACCGGAUUGGCCGCACAGGGCGAUUCGGAAAGAGGGGGCUAGCUAUCAACAUGGUGGACAGCAAGUUCAGCAUGAACGUACUUCACCGCAUUCAGGAGCACUUCAAUAAGAAGAUUGAGAAGCUGAACACAGACGAUUUGGAUGAAAUCGAGAAAAUCGCCAACUGAGGAGAAUGAUUCCGCCGCUAGUGCAGGAGCAGCAGCAGCGAUAGCAGCACUGUGCAUUCCCGCAGUGGUUUUAACUUGUAGGCUGGAGCGGAACUAAGCCACGGAGGACGUUUUUAUAAGGAACGUGGCCAUGUCUUAUCAGAGGGUGUCUUUAUAGGUUUUAGCGUUUUAACCCUUUGUUUCACUCUUUGUACUUCUAAAUAAAAUCUGAAUGUGUA